ACGAUAGAUGGAAUAUGUUACAGUCUGCCACACGGGGUGGAGACACUAAUGUCAUUGAUCUUAUCCUUACUCACCUUCCGGACAUUGAGUCAAAAAACGCCCACGGUUCUACUUCUCUAAUCAUUGCUGUGUAUCAUGGCAAGCUGCAAGGUGUAAAGUAUCUCCUUGAGAGGGGGGCUAAGCCCUUAACUAAGGAUAAUUACGGCCGGGAUUCUUUAUACCAUGCCUCAUCACGUGACUCAGAUGUUCUUGACAUCCUGCUGAGUCACGUAGGUAGCAGUGAGUCACAUCUCUUGCUAGCCGUCGUAAACUUUACGCGAGAAACUGUUUCUAAACAAAACGCAAGAGGCAGAACGCCCCUAAUGCAUGCUGCUCUGAAUGGCAACGUUCAAGCGGUGAAGGGUCUGAUUAAGAGAGGAGCAGAUCUGUCCCUGAAGGACAAGAAAGGGUGGAAUGCGUUACAUUUUGCCGCAGACGCUAUAGAUACUGAUGUCAUUGAUCUUAUCCUUACUCACAUGCCUAACAUUGAGUCAAAAGCCGCUGCCGGUUCUACUCCUCUAAUCAUUGCUGUUCGUUUUGCCAAGAUGCAGAGUGUAAAGCAUCUCCUUGAGAGGGGAGCCAAUCCUUUGACUGGGGAUAAUGACGGCCAGGACUCUUUAGUUCAUGCCUUAUCACGUGACUAUGAUGUUCUUGACCUACUGCUUAGUCACGUAGCUAAGAGUGAGUCAACAAUACUAUUCAUUGGGCUUUGGUGGGGUAAAUAUAAUCAUAUUUUGUCUCCUGGAGUUGCUAGGAAGAAGUAAAGUGAGGAGUAUGUACAGCUGUUUCGAGAAAGGUUGUCGGAAAAAAAGCGUAUAAGUUCGCGUGACAAUUCCGAAUCGUAUCGUGAGUGGUUCUCAGGUGAUGGUUCCCUGACCUCAGGAAUUUUGGGGAUAAU